GGAGAAAAGUUGACCGUGCCAUUUCCUGUCUUUUCUGGCGAUCACUCAAAGAGAUAUUCUUGCGAUACAGCAUACAGCAGUGUCGGGAAUCUCAUUGCGGCACUCAUUCUCGACAUCGCCGGCGCAUCUCAUCUCCGGUUUCCAUCGAAUCCCAGCGUCAAUUCCAACCCCACUAGAAGCGUCCCUCGAUCAUCACCCAUCGACACAUUGUCCAUCGAUUGCCCAUCAUGCCGCCGAAGAAGGAGAAGCCUGCCGCCGGCAAGAAGCCGUCUGCCGCCAAGCUGGUGGAGGACCGGACGUUUGGCAUGAAGAACAAGAAAGGAGCGCAGGCGCAGAGACAGAUUCAGCAAAUGACGGCCAACUUGAAGGGCAGUGGCAGCGCCGAAGACAGACGGAAGGCGGCCGAAAAGGCACAGCGUGAGAAGGAGAAGAAGGCGGCAGAGGAUGCCAGGAGAGAGACCGAGGCUCUCUUGAACAAGCCCGCCCAGAUCCAAAAGGUGCCCUUCGGCGUGGACCCCAAGACGGUCGUCUGCAUCUUCUACAAGAAGGGCGACUGCGAGAAGGGCAAGAAGUGCAAGUUUGCUCACGACUUGAGCAUCGAGAGAAAGACGGAGAAGAAGAACUUAUACACGGAUGUCAGGCAGGAGGAGGAGGAGAAGAAGAAGCAGGAGACGUCUGCCGACUGGACAGAGGAGCAGCUGCUCAAGGUUGUGCUGUCAAAGAAGGGUAACCAGAAGACAACGACAGACAAAGUCUGCAAGUACUUCAUCCAAGCCAUCGAGGAUGGAAAGUACGGUUGGUUCUGGAUCUGUCCAAAUGGUGGUGAUAAGUGCAUGUACAAGCAUGCUCUUCCGCCCGGGUUCGUGCUCAAGACGAAAGAACAGAGAGCAGCGGAGAAGGCGCUGCUUGAUAAGUCACCGCUCAAGACUCUGACUCUUGAGGAUUUCCUGGAAUCGGAACGCCACAAGCUCACAGGAAAACUGACGCCAGUCACUCCCGAGACGUUUGCCAAGUGGAAGAAGGAACGCUUGGAUAAGAAGGCUGCUGAGGAACAGGCCCGCAAGGCCAAGGACAACACUGGCCGUGCUCUGUUCGAAAGCGGCAAGUGGAAGGACGUUGAUUCCGAGGCAGAAAGUGAAGACGAAGAGGAUGAUACCUGGAACCUCGAGAAGCUUCGUCGCGAGACUGAAGCUCUCCGGCAGAAGAAGGAAGAAGAGCGACUGGCAACGCUGCACGGUGGACAGGUGCCCAUCAGUACACCUGAUACGCCGGAAGAAGCAGCUGGGAGCGAUGAGGGCAACGGCGAUGCUAGCGGGACUGCGGAAGAAGCAUCAGUCGCACAGGCGAGCCAAGAAGUACCGGCCUCUUGAACGGCCGUGGGAGAAUGCACAAAGCCAAGGCGACUUCAGGUCCCCUCCCAUCUUGAGGAGUUGCUGCGAGAGGGAAUUCCGAGCACCUGCUGGCACCACAGACGCCGAUGGUUGCCAGGAGGGCCGCGGUGACUUGCUAUUCGUCAAAGAAAGCUCGUCGCCUUGGAUGUGUGGGCGGCUGCGGCGGCAGUCGUACACUGACCUCGUACUACUAGUCUACAUGGCCCCGUAUAGAAUAGUACCGCAUCAGUUUCGCAUUGGAAAUGACAUUGAUGAGGGGGGAGUUGGAGAGGAACACAAGAGAGGGAGACGGGGGGACAUUGUGGCCAAGGCUUCCUAUUCUUCCAAGGCCGUGAAGGCCCAUUUCAGGAAGCAAGCCACAGAUGCGGUUAGAAGAUACAAGACAUGUCAUGAGUGUAUGAAGCACUCCACAAGCU